CGAGUCUCUGAAAGAGGCGUUGCGUCUCGUGCGGUGGGCGGAGCCAAACCUCAGAAUAUGUAUAUAAAACAGAUGAGCGCGUCUAAGAGUCACUCUGGUUACUGAGACCUGGAACGUGAGCACAACCUUGAAUUUCAUCUCCUUUUUACUAGGUGCAAUGUCAAAGCGUGUAGCAGUGAUCCUUGCUGGUUGUGGAGUCUAUGAUGGAACUGAGAUCCAUGAGGCUUCUGCCCUACUUGUACACCUUAGUCGGGCUGGUGCCAAGGUUCAGAUGUUUGCUCCAAAUGCUGAGAUGAUGCAUGUUGUGAACCACUGUGAAGGAAAACCAGUGGGGGAAAAGCGCAACGUGAUGCAGGAAAGUGCCCGCAUUGCUCGAGGAGACAUCACUGACCUGGCCAAGUUAGAUGUGGCUAAUCACGAUGCUGUCAUCAUUCCUGGAGGCUUUGGAGCAGCUAAGAAUCUCAGUGACUGGGCCACCAAAGGCAAGGAUUUCUCAGUGAAGCCCCUGGUCGAGAAGGUCAUCAAGAACUUCCACCAGGCAGGAAAGCCUCUGGGCAUGUGCUGCAUUUCUCCAGUACUUGCAGCAAAGGCUAUUCCUGGCUGUGAACUUACUGUCGGCCAUGACACAGAGUGUGAAAAAUGGCCAUAUGCUGGAACAGCUAAGACACUGGUGGAGCUGGGCUCUAAGCAUGUUAAUAGAAAUGUUGGAGAAGUGCAUGUGGAUAAGAAGAAUAAACUAGUAACUACUUCUGCCUUCAUGUGCAAUGCCCCAUUACAUGAGGUGUUUGAUGGACUUGGGGUUAUGGUAACAGAGGUUCUUAAACUCGCCUGAUUUGGUCAUUUAAAAAUCUGUGAAGGUUGUAUUAAUUUGGCGUGAUUUUUAUUCACUGGAAAACAAUUUUAAGCAAUUACUGUAUUACUGAAUGCAGUGCUUUCAGUUUAAAUAACUGCAUGUAAAUGUUAUGUGAUAAACAUAUCAAUAAAGUCUAUGUUUGUGUGA